UGAUUUAUGAAAAGACAAACAGUAACGCACUGAGUGCGCAUGUACAGAAGCACUAAAUAUCAGGACAAGGUGCAUCGCCAGUCUACCCUGUUUCGUAGCUUUAUAGCUGUUUUAUCAAAUGUUGCGUUUCCUGUUGCUGUUCAGUCGCCAAGGAAAACUCCGACUGCAGAAAUGGUUCGUGCCGACAUCAGAACGGGAGAGGAAGAAGGUGAUCCGUGACAUGAUAAUGUUGGUGCUGCCCCGUCAGCCUCGUACCUGCAACUUCCUCCAAUGGAAGGACCUAAAGAUUGUUUACAAAAGAUAUGCCAGCCUGUAUUUCUGUGCUGGUCUGGAGGAGCAUGAUAAUGAACUUCUUGCUUUGGAGGUGCUGCACCGAUAUGUUGAGCUGCUGGAUAAAUACUUUGGUAAUGUGUGUGAGUUGGACAUCAUCUUCAACUUUGAGAAGGCCUAUUUCAUCCUGGAUGAAUUCCUCAUGGGUGGAGAGGUUUUAGAAACGUCCAAAUUUGCAGUGAAUGUGUCUAUGGAGCAGGCUGACACGCUACAAGAGACAAUGGAGGAAUAUAUGAGCAAACCUGCCUACUGAGUCAUGAGAGGAUGAGGAUGUUGAUGAAAAUGUAUUAGUACUGUGAUCCUGAAGGCUCAUUUUUAUUCAUCUGAGAGUUCUGAGAAAGAUGGUGUGUUCAGGUGUGUGUGCUGUGUAUUGGUGAGUAAAUGGAGAAACACAACACAGUAAGGAAAAAAUAAAGUCAAUGCUUUAUUAACCUCAGGAAUGUCACAUAUGACCACAAUUAAGAAAGAAUUACGAAAAACACACAGGAAUCUAAGGAACUGAACACUGGCUGUGACUGUCUCUGUAGGGGUGUGUGUGUGUGUGUGUGUAAUGGCUGGUGAAACAUUUACUGUAUGUAUCGCCAAGCAACAAAUUUGUAUUCAG